GGCUGAUAACAAAGGCAGGCGCGUGCCCGCGGCCGCUGCGCCGUCGCCGCUCACGACUGGAUGCGCGCGCACAGACGCACGGCGCUGCGGCUCGCCGCCAUUGACGAGGAAGACGCAGAAUGACGAGCAGCAACUGGGGCGCCGAGCUGUGGGAUCAGUUUGAUAAUUUGGAGAAGCACACCAGCUGGGGCAUCGACUUCCUGGAGCGAUACACCAAAUUUGUGAAAGAGCGAGCCGACAUCGAGCAGAGCUACGCCAAGCAGAUCAGGAACCUAUCCAAGAAGUACCAACCCAAGAGGAGCAGAGAAGAUGACAGCAGGUACACGUGGUGUUUGGCCUUCACCGCCACGCUUCGCCAACUCGGCGAUCUGGCGUCGCAGCGAGAGGAAGUGGCCGAGAACUUGAGCUCGCAGGUGGCGUCGGAGUUGGGCAGAUUCACUCAGGAGUUGAAGGCGGAAAGAAAGUCCCAUUUCCAAGAUGGCCGCCGUGCCCAGCAGCACAUCGAGAGUUCCUGGAAGCAGCUGGAGUCUACCAAGCGGCGUUUCGAGCGAGACAGCAAGGAGGCGGAGCGAGCGCAGCACUUGUCCAGCAGGAUGGACAUGGACAACAACAUGGAGGCUGAGAAGCGCUGCUCCUUUAAGGCUCGUCAGACGGCGCAACAAAAACAACAAACUGCCGAAGAGUCAAAGAAGGAAUAUGUGAGCAGUUUAAACCAGUUUAACCAGGACCAGCACCAACAUUACCACACCAUGGUGCCCGUUAUAUACCAGCGUAUUCAAGACAUGGAGGAGCGUCGGAUCGAACGGAUCGCAGACGCCAUGCGUUUGUCAGCGGAGGCAGAGAAGAAGUCACUUCCUGUGGUGAGUCGCUGCUUGGACGCCAUGAUGGACGCCGCAGAGAGCAUUCAGGCCAGGAUGGACACGCGUCAGGUGGUGGAGGUGUACAAAACGGGCUUCGAGCCUCCGGGCGACGUGGACUUUGAGGACUACAGGGCCACCAUGAGGAGGAGCAUCUCAGAGUCCAGUUACCUCGACAACCAAAUUGAAGGGCGGAGACAAAGCAGGAAAUUGUGGCCUUUCCUGCGCAAGAACAAGCUGUUGAAUCUCCUGUCGUCGCCUCGGCAACCCCCGCCCCCACCCCCCACCUCACCUUCGCCCGGGGGCGUGGUCAACAGCCCCCAGUCCCCGCCCCCAGCCUCCAGAGAACCAAUCGCCCAGCGCCUCAACGACCUGAUGACGUCUGGCUCCCGAACCAGGAAGCAGUGCCUUCGCAGCUUGAAGAGAGGGCUGUCACUCAAACUGGUAAGUGGAGAAAGCGUGCCUAACAAACUCUGGUGGCAUCACCACAACGUGCUGUCGCCGUGGUUCCAGGGCUCCGCCCCCGCGGACUGCAGCCAUCUUCCGGCAGAGCAGCGGCGGAAGAAACUUCAGAGCAGAAUCGGCGACAUCAGCCAGGAGAUCCAACGCGAGCGCGAGCAGAGGGACGCGCUGAUGAAGAUGCGGGAGGUGUACGAACGAAACCCUCAGAUGGGCGACGCCGCCGCCCUGGAACCCCGCUUGGAUGAAGUGAGGCGGAGCCUCCAGCGACUGGAGGAGGAGCUCAGGACCAACCAGGCGUGGGUGGCGGAGGUGGACCGCAGGUCGUCAGAACAAAGCAGCCGAGGUCAAGGUUCACGUUUCGGCAGUGAGGUGUCGACACCGGGAAGCCGAAGCUUGAAGCAGCUGGACGGUCGGAGUCCGGCCAGCAGAGAGAGUCCAGACGGCAGCUACACCGAGGACCAGAGUGCGGAAGUUCACUUCUCCAAGUCGCGGAGUUCUGAGUUUGAUGAUGACUUUGAUGAUGAAGAACCGCUGGCCAGCAUUGGCACCUGCAAGUCCCUGUACCCGUUUCAAGGUCAGAACGAAGGCACGCUGUCCAUGUUGGAGGGGGAACUACUUUCUGUGGUGGAAGAAGACAAAGGUGACGGCUGGACCAGAGUCCGCAGGAACUUGGAAGAGGAAGGAUACGUGCCCACCUCCUACAUCAAGGUCUUCCUGGACACCAACGCCAAAGGUGCCAAAGGUUUCGUGCAGACAAGUCGACUCGUGUAAGGAGGCGUGGGUACAGGAAGUGAAGGUGUUAAAGACACCAGAUGGACGCCACACGCCGGGUUACCAUGGUGAUUGUUGCUGCGGCGACCGUCCAACGUCUUUAGAGUGACACGACGCCCUCGUCUGUGUUGCCGCCGUGACCACACACACACACACACACACACACAUGCACGCACUGCCAGUUAGGAAGUGGAUAAAAAAAGGAAAAGUGUGUUUUUACAUUUGUGCUGUCAUGCACGAAAACGUCGACAGGAAGUCGGAGAAACAUUAAAAAAAAAAAAAAAAGGGAACCUGUCCUCCAUAUUUAACCCGCUUGUUGUCAUUAAAUGUAUCAUCUCCCCCCUCCGCACUUCCUGUGUGUGCCAUCUUUCAAAAUAAAAUAGCCCCGACGUGUGUGCGCGCGCGCGUUUGCAACAAAAUACCUAAAUGACAUGGAGUAGUAAAGUUUUAUUGUGAAAACCACACGACUC